AGCAAAAAAUUGUCUGAGCCAUUGCUUGUCCACCCCCGCUUGUUGUGAAGGGCAUCAGAAAUGCCCAAAACAAGCGGUUCAAUUCCGUUGACAGCUAAAGCUACAAGGCAGCCAAAGUCAAAUUUUUUUCCAACAUGCAAGAAAUGGAAAAAUACCUCAUUCUCUUAUCUCUGGUAUCAGCGUGCCUAGUAAAUGCAGCACCUGCAGUAAAUCAGACUUUCUAUAACUACGCAUAUGCACUAGAUUUAUCAGGAGCAGUACCUUAUAACACAUUUUCCUGCAUCAAAUCAAAUGGAUAUAGCGCUGUGUUUAUCAGGGCUUACGAUCCUUCCGGUGUGGGCAUGUUCGAUGCUAAUGCUGUCAACAACAUACGCAGCGCUUAUCAAGCUGGUCUUGGAACUGAAGUUUUCAUGACACCCUUGUUGCGCUCCAUGAAGAGAGGCAGUGAGCAAUUCAGAGAACUUUAUGAGGGGCUCAAAUAUGGAAACAUCCAACUUAGAACCGUUUGGAUUCAGGUUACUUCUCCUGUGAACUGGGGACCAAACACUCCAGAAAACAUUAACUUCCUCAAUGACAUCAUCAUGGCAGCUAAUUCCUAUGGUAUCGCCGUCGGAAUUUAUACGAGCGCCUAUGAUUGGGAUCAGAUCACAAAAGGAGCCAAUGUCGGGAAUGCCAUGCUAUGGUACUGGAACGUUUACGGUGCGGGACCAAGCGGUGAAACCCCGGCGAAUUUUGAUGAUUUCCGCCCAUUUGGCAGCUUUUACAGACCAACGGUGAAACAGUUUGCACAAAAGGAGAGUGUGUGCGGUAUUGUAGUCAACAGAGAUGCCUACACCAUGAAUACAAUGAAGUAUGGAAAUAAAUUGCUGCAGAAAACGGAAGGAAAGAUAGUGGUUGGCCUUCUUGGAAACACUAUGGGAUUUGUACAAAGUUAUAAAAAAAGAUCGUACAUAAAUGGAGCAAAUAAUAAAUCUAAUGAAAUGUAUAAUUUUCUUUGUGCAGGACUGGAUCUAAGCAAAGAGGGAAACAAACAUUUUUCUGGUUAA